AUGUUAUCCGGUCAAAAGGUGCUAUUUCAACAGGCGCCAGCUGGCACAGGAAAAACCUAUGUAAUUGGUGUAAUUGUCAAGUAUUUAAUGCAAUACGCCAACACACAGGAAUAUAUUAUUUUAACUGCUUCAACGAACUUAGUCGUUAUUAACAUGGCAAAUGCUGUACUAAAAACGGCUCAUUCGCUCAUUUCUGAUCUGAUAUUUUUUCAGUCGCUGACGGCUGAGAAACUGUGCCCACAAAAGACGGACGUCGAAUUCAAUGAAUGGACGGCGUCAAGAGUACCCGAACUUCUGGCUCUAGGACUUUCACUGGGCGAUACUGCUGUAGACCAGAAAGAUUUUGUGAAGGAAUACGUCAAAGUCAGGCUUCCACAUGAGGGAAGAGGACUAGACGAAAGCCGAGCCCUGCGUGUGGCAGCAGAGACAACGAAGCCGAGAUUGGUAUUCGCAAAGCUCGGCAUGAUCGACAGUUUUAUAACCUCCUGUGGGAGGACAACAUGCCUUAUAUGCGAUGAAGCAGGCCUGGUACCUAAGACCAGAUCAUAA